AUGUGGCUAUCCACCGCAACCAUCGUCGGCCUCAUCGCCAUUUCCAUUUUCAAAGCCAUCACCCGGUAUACCAAACUCCGUCACUUCCCCGGCCCCCCAUGGACAGCCAUCUCAGACUGGCCACACAGUCUGGCAAUGCUCAGGGGUAACUGCCACAAGUGGUACGCGGAUGUCAGCGAGAAACACGGCCCGGUCGCGCGCGUUGCUCCACGGGUGCUCAUCACCUCGUCGCCCGAGGUCUGGAUGCACGUUAACACGAAGGCUGGCUAUAAGCGCUCCGACUGGUACUACAAUGCCGCGCGGAUCGAGUAUCAGCGGGAUAAUGUCUUUAGCCAGACGGAUAAUGCGAAGCACGAGGCGCGGAGGAAACAGAUGGCGCCGGGGUACUCAGGAAGAGAGAAUCUCGACCUGGAGAAAUCCGUCGACGAACGACUAACCGAACUCCUCCAUCUCAUCCGGAUAAAAUAUCUCUCAUCAGAUACCUGCAUCAUCCCAAUGGAUCUCGCGAAAAAAGUGCAGUAUUUCACCCUCGACGUCAUCAGCUCCGUCGGUCUAGGUAAGACAUUCGGCAUGCUCCAGAGCGAUCGCGAUAUAGACAACUACCUUCAGUCCAGCGAGGAGGGCCUGGCAAUCGGGAACACAGCCUUAGCUAUGGGCUUUAGCUGGCUAACCCAAGCUCCAUUCCUCGGGCUAUUCAUUGCACCGUCGCCUAAAGACAACACUGGAUUCGGGAAGAUGAUGGCGUCGGCAUUCCGUGUCGUCGACGAGCGCGCUGCGAGUUUCUUCUCGGCAUCUAGCAAUAGUAAGGAGAAAUCGGAUAUGCUCGCCUCGUUCAUGCGCCAUGGUCUCUCGGGCGAUGAGCUGCGCUCUGAAGCUCUAGAGCAAAUCAUCGCGGGCUCGGAUACAACUGCUGCUGCGAUCCGGGGUGCGCUUUUGCAUGUUAUCACGAACCCGCGUGUGUAUCGCAAGCUGCAGCGCGAGAUCGAUGAUACAGUUGCCCGAGGUGACGCUCCGGCUUCGAUUCUAAGUACAUCUACUAGGCAAGAUGUCGGCCUUAUUACAACCGCCCAGGCUGCAAAACUCCCAUACCUACAAGCUGUAAUUCGUGAAUCAAUGCGCUUCUUCACCCCCGUUUCGAAUAUCUUUGCGCGCGAUGUCCCCAAAGACGGGGAUACCGUUGUCGUUGACGGGGAGCGCGUCUUCCUCCCUGGCGGCGACGGCGUCUGUAUCGGGUACUCCGCGUACGCCAUGCACCGCAGCGAGCAGAUCUACGGUAAAGACGCAGACGCCUUCCGACCUGAGAGGUGGCUGGAGUCGGAUCCAGAGUCGGAUCCUACCAGGCUGGCGCGCAUGAUACGAACAAACGACCUUGUCUUUGGACAUGGCCAUUUCCGGUGUUUGGGGAGACCCGUGGCGCAGAUUGAGCUUGGGAAGACGGUGUUUGAGCUCCUGCGGAACUUUGAUAUCGCGCUUAUGGAUCCGACGAGGCCUUGGGAUGUCCGGAAUCAUCUUGGGCUGUUUGCUAUUUCGAAUAUGUGGGUUCAGGUUAUGGAGAGGGUUUAA